AUGCCCUGUCAGAACAAUGGUAUUUGUACUGACGAAAUAGACGGCUACAAAUGUGAAUGUUGGGAUGGAUAUACCGGAAGUUAUUGUGAAACGGAUAUAGACGAGUGUGCCCAGGAUCCCUGUCACAACAAUGGAACCUGUACUGAUGAAAUCAACAGCUAUACGUGUGAAUGUAGCGCUGGGUAUACUGGGGUCAAUUGUAAAGAUAAAGGCAAGUGUGAUUCGGCUCCCUGUCAGAACGAAGGCACAUGUAUUGACAAAAUAAACAGCUAUAUUUGUAAGUGCAAGACUGGAUAUGCUGGAGUCAAUUGUACAGUCACCGUUGGAAAACUAAAAAAGAAACCAAUAGUUUCAAAGAGACAACUGCAGUCAGCUGUUAUACGGGAUCUUGCAGUAACAUCGAGUGGACAUAUUGUGGCAACGAAUUGGAUCGCGACAACACGGAUAUAUGACAGUGAUUAUGGUCUCAUCAAAGAUAUCGACAGACAAUUCGAUCAUGUUACAGUUACAAGUGAUGGCCAACUAGCAUUCACUAAUUCGUUGAAGUUCAUCAACUUUUAUACAGCAGACGGUACCUAUAUGCGUACAAUAAAAGUUAACAUGUCUGCAGCGCAUCUACGUGGUAUUACUUCACUAUCUACCGGUCAGUUUGUUGUAUGCGAUUUGGAAACACGGACCAUAUAUAUUGUGGACCAAUUAACCGGAGAUGCAACACCAUUUUCUGCUUUUGGUACGUUUAGGGAUCCGUACUAUGUAACUACUAACAGCAAGGGCGAUAUCAUAGUUAGCGAGAGCGCCGACGGUUUUAUAAAAGGAUUAGAUCGAGCUGGCAACGAAAUAUUCACUUACGCAAAACCCGGCCGUAUAUAUGGAAAGAAGUUGUUCGAUCCCGAUGGUGUCUGUACAGAUACGAUGGACUACAUAGUGGUAGCUAGCUCCAGCAACCACAGGGUUGACCUGUUAACCCCUGAAGGAUACGGAAGUGACGUCAUAAUGUAUUGCGAUUGGAUUAAACAACACUUCCUCAAUAGAUAG